AUGUCUUUCCACCCUUCCUCACGCCGAUAUGAGCAAUGUGAUGUCGACCUAGGCCAGCCCCCGACAUACACAUCUCAGGAAUAUGGGAGAAGAGGCUUCGCAUCGGAAUCCCCCAAGUUCGCUUGGGCGUACGCCUCUACCCUGGACAAGAACGGAAAACGGGCGGCGUCGAGGCGAAAUCCCAAAAAUUGGUCUCGAAGAUGCUGGAUUAUCCUGACCAUUGCUUUUGUUGUCGUCGUCAUUGUCGUCGUGACAGUCGCUGUCGUCAUCAGUCGGAAUAAUCGUUAUCCCGACUAUUCCCAGUUGAGUUACAGUCUGGUGGAAACAUUUUCUGGCACCGACUUUUUCGACAACUUUGACUAUUUCACGGGUUACGAUCCCGCACAAGGUUUUGUCCACUACGUUGAUGCGCCUGGCUCUGCGGCCCUCAAUCUCACCUAUGCAAGCUCUACGUCUGCUAUCUUACGAGUCGACCUUUCGGAUACAGAUACGACUACUGGUCGCAAAUCCGCAAGAAUCACCUCGAAGAAUACCUACAACGAUGGUCUUUUCAUCUUCGACGUCCUGCACUCUCCCUACGGGUGCUCUACGUGGCCAGCGUUGUGGUUAACAGAUCCGUCGAAUUGGCCGACAAAUGGCGAGAUUGACGUGAUGGAAGCCACAAACCUCGCCCCGGUGGGAAAUCAGGUGACGCUUCAUACGACCAAAGGCUGCAGCAUGGGCGUGAAGCGGAAAGAGACCGGUACCGCUCUAAAUCGAAAUUGUUUGAACGCUACCGACGGUGACAGUGGCUGUGGUGUCCGAGGUUCCACCGCUACGUUUGGAGAGGAAUUCAACAGCAAUGGUGGAGGUGUCUAUGCCAUGGAACUCCGAAGUGCUGGCAUUCGCGUGUGGUUCUUUGAACGUGCCAAUAUCCCUUCUGAUAUUACCACCUCUACUUCUAAUUCGACCAAUGUCGUUCCUGACCCUUCCACCUGGCCAGAAGCAUUGGCGGACUUCCCGAGCACCGACUGCGACAUUGGCAGUCAUUUUCGGAAUCAAAGCAUCAUUGUCGACAUCGACCUCUGUGGUGACUGGGCGGGACAAACACAGUACUACAAUACUCAGUCAGAUUGCCCGGGGACGUGUGUCGAUUUUGUGAGUACGCAACCCGGCAGUGCGUAUACCAAUGCGUUUUGGGAGUUUGGAAGCUUUAGAGUCUACCAAGCGUCUUGA